AUGUCUUUUGGUAUUGGCCAAAUACUUUACGUGAUCAUACUUGUCAUAAACGGUAUAGCUGUGCUAAACGAGGAGAGAUUCCUUGCGCGAAUUGGUUGGAGUGGUCAAGUAGAUCAAGGAUUUGGUGUUGAUGGACCAUCUCUAAAACAUAAUAUUAUUAAUCUUAUAUCUGCCGUGAGAACAUUGCUCAGAAUCCCAUUGAUUGGGGUCAAUCUUUUUGUGAUUGUUUAUGAAAUAUUGCUGGGUUGA